GGAACCCAGACUUGAAUGCCAGAUCAAGGGAGAGGCUAACCAACACCUAGCCAACAUGAUGCCAUGCCGCCCAUUUUGGUUUUUUUUCCCAGGAGGAGCACAAGCAGGAGCUACUGUGCUCCCAGAGGGAGCCUCCCAGGAGAUGGAGAUGCUGGAUACUAAUGCCUCAAGGGAACAGACAGUCUGCAAGUUCUCAGAGGACUACAAGCAAAUCUACCUCUCCCUGACCUACAGUAUCAUCCUCAUGCUAGGGAUGCCUCUGAAUGGCAUGGUCUUGUGGCUCUCCUGGCGCCAAACCAAGCGCUGGAGCUGUGCCACCAUCUACCUGGUGAACCUGAUGGUAGCUGACCUGCUUUAUGUGCUGACGCUGCCCUUCCUCAUCACCACCUACUCCCUGGGUGACAGGUGGCCCUUCGGGGAGCUGCUGUGCAGGCUGGUGCGCUUCCUGUUCUACACCAACCUCUACGGCAGCAUCCUGCUACUGACCUGUAUCUCUGUGCACCGCUUCCUGGGCGUGUGCCACCCCCUGCGUUCACUACCCUACCGGACCCGCCGGCACGCCCUCCUGGGUACGGCCACCACUUGGGCCCUGGUGGUCCUCCAGCUACUGCCCACACUGUUCUUCUCCCACACAGAAUACAUUGACGGCCAGAUGAUCUGCUAUGACAUGACCGGCCCAGAGAACUUUGAUCAGUUUUUUGCCUAUGGUGUGGUUCUGACGUUGUCUGGCUUCCUUUCCCUCCUUGGUCAUCCUGGUGUGCUACUCGCUGAUGGUGAGGAGCCUCAUCAAGCCAGGAGAGGCCCUCAUGAAGACAGGCAAUGUAACCCGGGCCAAGUCCAUCCGAACCAUCUUGUUGGUGUGCGGCCUCUUCACCCUCUGCUUUGUGCCCUUUCACAUCACACGCUCCUUCUACCUCAUGCUCCGCUUCCUACCUUCACAGGACUGCCAGCUCUUGAUAGUGGUCAGCUUGGCCUAUAAGAUAUGGAGGCCUCUGGUAAGCAUGAGCAGCUGCCUCAAUCCAAUCCUGUACUUUCUAUUAGUGGGAACAACAGAGUCAGGCUCUUCCAGGAACUCAGGCAGAACAAGGGAAAGAGACCCAUGGGUGGCCAGAUCUGGGUACUGACAAGAUGAAGUACUGCCAAGAUACUGACGAUGACUUGUCUGAACACAGUCAUGUGCUACUGGGAGAGGGGCUCAAGAUCUCCUAGUUGUGUCCUGCUACAAAGGAUUUUAUAUUGAUCUGAAGAGAUUUUAAGGUU